UCUAUGGCUCGCUUCUCGUCCCUCGCAGUCGUCGUCGAGGAGGAGGAUGUUGAGUUAAAGAAAAAGAAGAAGAAGAAACACUCCAAAAAGCGCAAGGCCGAAGAGAUCGAACCCGCGCCUAUCGAGGGUGAGGAGGAGGAGGAGCUCGUCGAGUCCUUGGAGCCUGCCAAAAAGAAGAAGAAUAAACAUUCAAAAAAGAGGAAGACGGAUGAGCCUGAGGAAGAGGUAGAGGCUGUUGAAGAGGUCACAAUUGAGAAGAAGAGCAAAAAGAAGCAUUCUAAGAAGAAUCGCCACCAGCAAGAGGAUGCCGAGGAGGCUGCUGCUGUUGUCCCUGUAGAGGACUCGGCGGAACCAGAGAAGAAGAAGAAAAAGAAGAAACAUUCUAAGAAGCAUGAGGUUGUCGAGGAGAAGGAGGAGGAAGCCGUUGAGGUAGAGGAGGAGGAGAUGCCUAAGAAGAAGAAACACUCUAAGAAGCAUCUCAAGAAUGUCGAGGAAGAGAAGGAGGAGAAGGCUGUUGAGGAAGAGGAGGCACCCAAAAAGAAGAAGCACACCAAGAAGCAUCGCAAGGCUUUAGGGGAGGAAGAGGAGGAAGCUGCAGCUCCAAAGGAGAAAAAGAAGAAGCACUCCAAGAAGAAGGCACAACCUGUUGAGGAAGAGGAGGAGGAGGAGGUUGUGGUAGCCAAGAAGCCUUUCAAGAAAUCGAAGAAGGCCGAGGAGGUCCCUGUAGAGGAGGAGAAGGAUGAACCGGUACAAGCCAGCUUGGAGGAGGAGAAGGAGACGGCUACUACCCCCGAGAGCUCGGAGCAAUGGGGUUGGGGUGAAGAUUCUGAUUGGUGGCAAGGGAGUAGUGCUGAGGAAUCUGGUGCUACAUCCGAGAAUAGGAAAAAGCAUGGCGAUCAUUGGAGGAGGAUCGAUGAGUCCAAGUACAUCGGACAUCUCACCACCUCUCGAAAGGACAACACGCAUGAGGCGAAGAAGAGGUUUGGUCAUGGCGCUGGUGACACGUGGGGUGACAAGGCUGCGGCGGAUCUCAUCAAGGUUCGUGGGAAAGACUUCCGUAAGGAAAUGGCUAAGAAGAAGCGGUCCUCCUGGCGUGGUGGAGGAGCUUUGGAGACUGGCAUUAACUCGAUUCCCUUCCCAGAUUCGGAUUCGGACUCGGACUAGGCGAUACGUAUUCGUAGCUGUAUACUAGCAUCAUUGGUACUGCGCUUGCAGCCUCUACAACGUUUCUACUUCCUCACAUAGAUUGCUUUCUGGAG